CCAGUUCGAUUUUGCGAAAUGUAACUGCAAAGAAGUAGUAUUGUGUUAUUUUCUAAAACUGAUGUCAGAAAUGAAGUAGUUUUUAUAGAAAAUUGUAGAAAUAAAGAGAACAACGUGUUACUAAUAUCUUCAUUUAUAUAGUUUUAUUCAAAUAAAGAUAACAUCGACCGAGAACUGAUAAAGAGGUUUCAUGAUUUUAGUAUAGGUUGUGCUAGAAACAUGACUUACAUAUUUACACCGAUAUGAAAGUAUUUCAAAACUUCCAAUUACAAAGUUUAAUGAAUGUAACACAAUGGCUGAGAUAAUUCAGUAUGUGGUGGUACGAGGAGACCUAUUAAAGACAAUGGGAUGGCCCAUAGGCGCUGUUAUAGCUCAAGCAUGUCAUGCGUGCACAGCUGUUACUCAUCUUUUUUAUAAUGACAAUUACACUCAAGCCUAUCUUGCUGAUUUAGAUCGUAUGCACAAAGUUGUUCUCGAAAUUCCAGAUGAGACUGCUUUAAAUGAAUUACGUUCGAAAUUAACAAAUGAGGAGAUUGAUCAUAAGCUCUGGAUCGAACAACCUGAAAACAUUCCAACGUGUUUGGCAACGAAACCUUAUCCCAAGGAAAAAAUACAACCAUAUUUUAAGAAAUAUAAGUUGCUCAAACUCGUAGCAAAAUGAAGCUUUCAACGUACAUUCUCGUUUUGUAUUGUAUACGAAUUACAAUAAAAAAAUGAAUCAUUUAUUUAAAA